AUGGAAAACUUGGAAAUCUUGCAAGAUUGGCCUUCAAAUAAUGAUAUUAAAGGAGCAAUAAAUCAUGCUUAUGAACAAGCCACUGCACUUGCAAAGGAUGUUUUUGGGAUGAUCGAAAAGGAAGAUUGUUUUGCUAAUAGGUGUUCACAGUUAACCUUUAUACUUGAUUCUACUAGAAGGUCUCACAAUUGCAAUAUUGAAGAUGAUACUGGUAUUGGAAUUACAAACGGAAAGCUUGAGAUUUCUGUACUGGUUAACCAACGUUGUAGCUAUGAAGCCUAUACAAAUCAAAGAAUGGAAAGAAAAGUUGCUGCAUUGUCUGCAUCUGGCCCUAAUUAUAGGUUUAAUAACAGUCUUGUAUCAUUUUUUUCAUCAAAUAAGUGUGCUCGCCCUGGUAUCUCACAUUAA